UGCAAUUGUUGUUGUUGUUUGAUCACCGAAUCAAUAAAACAAAACAGAAUAAAACCCUAAUUUGUAGUAUUAUAUAUAGUAAGGAUUCCAGACUAUAAACUUUUGAGUUCAGAAGAUCAGAAAAGAGGAUCAGAGUUUCAGAGAAGAAGAAGAAAGAGAUGGAAAGGCUAAGAAGCUCAGAUAUGGACGAAGGAAUGUCAGGUUUUUAUGUUAAAGGAGGAGGAGGAUGUGGAGGAGGACCAGGUGGUGGUGGUAAUAGCAGAGUUAUUGGUGGAGGAACAAAGUGUGGGCGUUGGAAUCCAACUGCAGAACAAGUUAAAGUUCUGACUGAUCUGUUCAGAUCUGGACUUCGAACUCCAACCACUGAUCAGAUCCAAAAGAUAUCUUCUCAGCUUAGCUUUUAUGGGAAGAUCGAGAGUAAGAAUGUCUUCUACUGGUUCCAGAAUCAUAAAGCCAGAGAAAGACAAAAACGAAGGAGAGUUUCGGUUGAAGAGGUCGAUCCAUUCGAUAGAGCAGAGAAGGUGUUCCCUGCAAAACAAUCUGGAGAGGUAGAACAGGUUUCAGAACAGCAUGAAAGAGUGGUCGAAACGCUGCAACUGUUUCCAUUGAACUCGUACGAAGAGUUGGAUUCACAGAAAUUAAGAUUACUGAGAAGCGAACGGAAUGAGAUGAAGACGUUUUCAUGUUCGAUGGGGAAAGAGAUUGAUCAUUCACAAUUAGAUCUUCGUUUAAGCUUUGUGUAAACACAAAUUGGAUUUAUGAAAA